CAAAAACGCAACUGCUCUAUUGUUGAGUAUUGUUGAGUCAGAAUCUGUCAUUGUUCCAGCAAAUGUCAGAAUAUGCCUUCCUAAAAACAUUUGGUGCAUUUUUAACUGAAUUUUAGGUUGUAUUUUUCUUUUCAUUUCUUUUUCUCAUUCAAUACCAUAUAUUUAACUGCUUGUUCUAUGGUAAAUUAAAUUAGAUCCUGGACAAAUGUAAUGUAUAAUUGAUUUAUUUAUAAUAUUAUGUAUUUACCAAGGAGGUAUUUAUAAUCAAAGUUUUUAAGACGUUACACAUUUAUAUUUAUUUUACAAAUCCGUAAUCUUAACCUAAUUUUAAAUUUAAUUAAGGUUAACAUUAAUUUGUUAAACACAAUUUAAAAUGGAUAAUACAAUAGAUUCUUUAGCCUAUGAUGAUCCAUAUUGUUUGGAUGAUGAGCCUAAAAUUAUACAAAAAGAAAAUCUUCAAAGACACAAAGAGAAAACUACUACUAACAACUGUGAAUGCAUUGGAAAUGAAAUCAUAAAAUUGAUAGAUGAAGGUGCAUUGAUAAACAUUCAAGUUAUAUCAAAUGAAGAAGAAUCAAUUUUGGGUGACGAUUCACAAAGCAUUGCAGUUAAAGAAGUUAUCAAAAAACCAAAAAGACGGACUAAUGUAUGGACCAAAACAUCAACACGAAAAGGCAACAAAAGAUCAGCGCCCUCCAAAUCUUUUAAGAAGGAUACAUUAGAAGAAUCAUUUGACAUUGGUUCAACCCAGCAGUAUGUAUUAGAGGAUAAAAAUGGGAUCCAACUAUCAAAGGACCAAAAAGCUGAGAAAGUUGAAUUAUCUUUGGACAAAUUACAAGCUAGUAGUGAAAAAGGUUAUCGAAUGGUAAGAGCUACUCGUGGUGUCAUAGAAGGUGCUUGGUAUUUUGAAAUCACUGUAAAGGCUUUGGGUCAGACUGGCCAUACUCGUCUUGGAUGGAGUACUUGGGAAGGGGAUUUGCAAGCUCCAGUUGGAUUUGACAUUAACAGCUAUGCAUACAGGGACAUUGAUGGAAGCAAAGUUCAUCAAGCCAUUCGGGAGCCGUAUGGAAGCCCUUAUUCUGAAAAUGAUGUUAUUGGGUUCUACAUAAACUUGCCAAAUGGAGCUGAGUACACACCAAAAUAUGAUUUUUAUGUGUGCAAACCAAGUACCAAUGUCUUCUCAGUGCCACUUGAAAAGAAAGAUAAUUUUUUGAGACGUAUUCCUGGAAGUGAGAUUUCUUUCUUCAAAAAUGGUAUAUGUCAAGGCAUUGCAUAUAAAGAUAUAUAUGGUGGAGAAUAUUUUCCCGCAGCAUCCAUGUUCACACUACCAUCACCAGAAGUAAAAUGUUGUGUACAAUUCAAUUUUGGUCCAAACUUUAUAUUUCCACCAAAAGAUUGGGAUGGUCGUAUCCAUCCUCAACUCAUGUGGGAAGCCAUGCCCCCUAAGCUCUUGACACUGUCAUCUUAUCAACCAUUGCCAACAAAGCAUCCAAAAGAAUCAAAGAAAUGGAAUUCUCAAAUAAACCCUAAUGGCAUGCAAAGGAUGGUGUCAAAGCAAGGCUCGCAAGUUUCUAUUGAAAAUGAGGUGUUGGAUGGGAACAUGGAAUGUGCACCUUUGACACAAGAAACCAUGGAAGAACGGGAUAAAGGAAAGCGGAUUAAAAUACAUGGAAAAAAUGGGCUUUUUGGUAGAGGUAGAAGAACAAUUGGAUUGUUUCCUUGUCCCAUUGUUAGAAAACCCCAUGUUCAUAAUGCCAUUCACCCUAAAAAGAUUAUUAAGAAAAGCUGCAAAGACAUGGUUCUUAAAAAGGUUAAAAAUAGCUCACUGUUGGUACAAGAACUCACAGAGAUUGAUGCAAAUGAGUUCAAAAAUUCAUAGAUGAGUUAAUAUAGAUUCUUUUUGAAGAAUUUAGCAUGUAAAAUGUUGUCUAUGUUAAGGACCAAAAAUACAAGAAAUGUUAAAUAUUACUUAACCUUCACACUUAUUGUUA